CUCGUGCCGGCCUGCAUCGUCCGGCCACGUUCAGCACAGGAUGUAAGCAAGGCUGUGGCAAUCCUCUCCACAUCACGUUCGCCGGGGUGCGAGUUCGCCGUCAAGGGCGGUGGUCACACACCGGCCGGGGGCUCUGCCAACAUCCAGGGCGGCGUGACCAUCGACAUGACGAGCCUGAACGCGACAGUUCUGAGCGGCGACGGCAAAUCAGUCGCUGUCGGGGCAGGCGCCGUCUGGAACGAUGUGUACGGCUACCUGGACGAGUUCAGUCUUGCUGCUGCUGGUGGGAGGAACGGUCUCGUCGGGGUUGGUGGGCUGCUCCUUGGUGGUGGCAUAUCGCACUUCUCGUCGCGGGUGGGAUGGGCGUGUGAUGGUGUUGUUGGGUACGAGGUCGUCCUCGCAAACGGCACCCUAGUCAAUGUCUCUUCGACCAGCAACCCCGACCUGUAUCGCGCACUCAAGGGCGGCGGAAACAACUUUGGAAUCGUAACGCGUUAUGACCUGGCGACGUUUCCGCAGGGGAACAUGUCGGUGAGCACCCUCUCGUACGACGUGUCUCGGGCCGGUGCCGUCUUCGACACCUUUACGGAUAUCGCCGCUUCGCCAAACUUUGAUCCCUACGUGUCCCUCCAGACGGGCCUGCUGUACGCCUCGGCAGCAAAGGCGUGGACGCUGAGCAGCUCGGCCUACUACACGAAGCCCGUGCUUCACCCUGAGGUGUACAGAGAGCUCGAGGCCGUGCCAAGCAUUUCCAAUACUUCCAAGAUUACGGCCGUGGCUGCGCUGGCUGCGGAGAAUCCCACUCCGCCACUGAACUGGCUCUUUGCCACGUUGACGUUCGGGACCUCAAGCGAGGCUAUGCUAGACAUCUUCAGGGCCCUAAACGGAUCCUUGUAUGACUUCAAUCCCACUGGUGGUGUUACAUGGAACUUUGCCUUUGAGCCCCUCCCAUCUGUAAUGCUUUCACAUGCAGCUGCUACUGGGGGAAACAUUCUCGGGUUGAGUCCUGAGGAUGGGAAUGCCGUCAUCCUUCUCUUCUCCGCCCUCUGGCCCAACUCGAGCUCCAACGAUGCCGUCUACCAAAAAGGCCGAGACGCCUUUACGGUUGUCAAGGAGGUUGCUGAGCGAAAGGGGGUGCUGCGCAAGUUUGAGUAUCUCAACUAUGCUGGCCCACACCAGUCGCCGCUGGCUUCAUACGGGGCGGACAACCUGGAGUUUCUCCGCAGGGUGAGUAACAAGUAUGACCCGACGGGGGUGUUUCAGCGCAAGGUGCCUGGUGGCUUCAAGUUGUGGUGA